AGCUAAUGUUGAGGCCACUGCUGAGAUCCUGAGACUGCUGAGACGGAACAGAGCGGGGCACCCAGCCCCGGAGCUCUGGUCCCUCUUCUGUCACAAGCAAGGAAGCGCCUUCCGAGCCCAAAGCAGGCCGAGCUUCAUGCUUCAUGCCCCUGGCGUGGGCCAAUCACGAGCUCCAAUUGAGCUUCAAACUUCAGGUGGUGCAUGAGAGCACUCGCGAUGCGACCUUGCAACUAUCCAAGACGGAAAUUCCGAUGAGAAACUUGGGCGGUUGACAGACCUCAGCUUCCUCACCCACAACUGGACGUACUCACAAGCCAUCUUAUCGUCCUCGCAAACGCAGCCUUGAUUUGACUCGACAUGGCGACGAGCACAGUGGAGGACAACACUGCGCUUAGCAAGCAAUAUGAGACUCCACUCGGUCUUGCGCAUGAUACUAUGCAAGCUCUAAAGGACCGGAUCAAAACCCAUUAUGAUCUGGCUAGCGAGUAUUACCUGAGCCUGUGGGGCACCCACAUCCACCACGGUUACUGGCCGACGGCAGAGUCGAAGGCUAGUGAAACCAAAGAACAGGCACAAAUUAACCUCAUCAAAUUGCUGCUGCAGACCUCGCAGGUAUCCGAGGGAAGCAAGGUCCUGGACGUAGGAUGUGGGAUCGGAGGCACCUCACGAUACCUGGCUUCCCAGCUGGGUUGCACGGUUACCGGCAUAACCAUUUCCACCAAGCAGGUUGAGAUGGCGACACGCCUUACCAAGUCUGAGGCCGCCAAGGACGACGCCGGCUUGUCAGACCAGGAGGCAGAUGCAGAGGGCUUUCUCAAGAUCGGCAAGGGCAAGGUCAAGUUUGUGGAGCUUGACGCGGAGAAGAUGGGAGACGUCUUUGCCGCACAGUCCGAAUCGUUUGACGCCGUCUGGAUCUGUGAGGCGCUGAGCCACUUUCCCAACAAGCAACUGUUCUUCCAGAAUGCGUACAAGUCGCUGAAGCAGGGCGGGAAGCUGGCGCUUGCUGACUGGUUCAAGGCGGAGGGCCUGGGCGAGAAGGAGUUCACCGAUGAUAUAAAACCGAUCGAAGAUGGUAUGCUCCUGCCGCCAUUAUGCGCGCAAGCCGACUACGUCAAGUACGCGAAGGAUGCUGGUCUGAGUGUGUCUGGGGGGCCGAAGGACAUUUCCGAGGAUGUCAAGGCAACAUGGGACAUCUCGUGGUCAUUGGUCCAGAACCCAUCAUUGUGGGCCUUCGCGCUCAGCCAAGGCAGGGAUGGAAUUGCUUUCCUGCAGGCGUUCCGUGCUAUGCGGAGAGGAUAUGCCAAUGGUAGCUUUCGAUAUGCCGUCGUGUCGUUCCAGAAGUGAGCAAGGACAUGUGCUGGCGGUGAGCAACCGCAUCGGGCGGUCGACCUGUCCUCUGAUAGAGGAGCUUGGCCUGCCUGGCUGCCUCGUUGGACCAUGUGUCCACGCUAUCACAAGUUUACAGCGCGCCACAAAGUGUUGUUUCAGACAGGUCGAUGGCCGAGACUUUUCAGUCGAUGGUGGUUCAGAGUUCUGACGCGAGGUCGCGGUGAGGAAUCCAGCCGAGACAUUGAGGUAGUACCCGGCUCAGCUAUAUGAAUCUUGAUUUUCCCCAUGCCUGCCCUAUACCAAUUCUCAACUUCUCGAUAGCGGGAAUGUCUUGAACUCUCCAGAAGGUAACGUGAGCUGCCUCUGCGGGUACACUCCGUGGAAAGUGGCGGCGCCUUGUGACACGGGUGUUGGUGAUUGUGGUGGCAUGGCAGCCAAUUCCCGGCGCUGAUGCUAGAUGUGGCGUUGUACUGGGGCAGACCAUACCGGAAAUAUGAAUAUGGGGACAGAUUCGUGCAUUUCGUGGCCAUCGGAUCCUUGUGUGGCAUCAGUCUGAGUGCUCGCAAUUUGGGGACUGCCACACAUGAGUGUUGUUGCCGAAUUUGGCGAUUAUGGGGGCCCGCGCAGCGUUCCUGCCCUUUCCUUAAUUGACAGAGCACCACCCGCAUUUCUGGCCCUG